UUCCUUCCAGGGAUUUAACCAGUCACACACAUAUUUAUACCCUAUCUCCCUUCUCCUCCUCUUCUCUCUCACUCUCUCUCUCUCUCUUCUCUGAGGUAGUAAGGUCAACAAGAAGAAUAACGGGAAGAAGGCACCGACCCUCAUUGUUGUGAGAGCCUAUAUAUCUAUCUUUUGGUUCUUCUUUCUGGGUGCUCAGAGAUCUUGCAGAAGAAACAAUCUCCUACCUAAAAAGAAAAGUGAUAAUUCACCCUUCACAUUUGUAUUCACAAGGAUCCCUUCCUUAAGCGCAGGAGCAGAAGCUAAGAAAAUUUGACAUCUGAGAGAGUGGUGGGGGAGAAGCUAGCAAGGGGGUGAUACGAGAUGGACUUUGCGGCGCUGGGAAGAGAUGGGCUCCAACAGUACGACGAAGAAGAUCAGGAGGAGAUGAUUGGAGAUGUAGCAAGGAACCCAAUGUUCUCGUCUUGCUCCUCUUCUUCUUCUUCGCCAUCACCAUCUUCUAAUUAUUCUCAGUAUCACAAAGGCCUAAUCCCACAGCAAAACUUGCGUUGGGGAUCGCAGGCGUACGACAAGCAGCUGAAGCAGCAGCAGCAGCAGCAACAUCAGCAACAUCAGCAUCAUCGGGUUUGGUUGGGGACGUUUGAGAAUGAAGAAGAGGUCUUGGGGUCGACUGAGGCGGAGGCAGAGGCAGCUCAGCGGGAACAGGACCCCAGUUUCAGCCCAAGACUCGACCUCAUGGACUUAUCUUCUCAUCACACUCAGAGCAGCAACUCCGAUGCCGAUGCCGGCGAUGCUGCUGCUUCUGCUUCUGCUGGUUGUGGUGAUGGUAGCAGUAGACCAGGCGGUGGCAGAUGCUUCAUCGAGAGAGAACACAUGUUCGAUAAGGUGGUCACACCCAGCGACGUUGGCAAACUCAACCGCCUCGUUAUACCAAAACAGCACGCCGAGAAGUACUUUCCACUGGACUCCACCAUCAACGAGAAGGGACUUCUGUUGAGCUUCGAAGAUCGCAACGGCAAGCCAUGGCGCUUCCGAUAUUCCUACUGGAACAGCAGCCAGAGCUAUGUGAUGACUAAAGGCUGGAGCCGGUUCGUGAAGGAGAAGAAGCUUGAUGCAGGAGACAUCGUGUCCUUCGAGCGCGGUGUGGGAGACUUGGGCAAGGACCAUCUCUUUAUUGACUGGCGGCACCGCCCUGAUGCCCAUCACUCUACAUCCUCACUCCAACCUCUAGGUCUACCACUCCGUCACCCACUCUCCCUGGCCGCUCCGCCGCCCGUCCCACUUCCAUGGAGCCGAUUGUUCAUGCCCAACCCAACCCCAGCCCCAACCCCAACCCUCUCCAACCACAUGCAUUUCCACCAUCAUCUCAAUUACGACCGUACUACCCAUGAUCAUCAUCAUCAUCAUCAUCUGCUUCAACCCCAUCUUAACCCAUCCAAUUACAGUAGUUACAGGUACAGUUACAGUGGUGGUGGUGGAAGUAGUAGGAGCUACGGGGGUUACAACUACAACGUGGUAAACCCAGGUUCAGGUUCAGGUUCAGGUUCGGUUUUUUACCUUAGAUCAUCACCACCACAGCCAGCCGCAGUCCCACAAGAAGUAGGGGUAGGGGUUGGGGUUGGGGAUGUUCCGAUGGUUAUCCAGUCGGUGCCAGUGGUCCAUGGCAGGGCUGCAGCCAAGCGUGUUAGGCUGUUUGGUGUGAACCUGGAGUGUCCUACGCCGGAGGAUGACCCAAACUCUUCUGAUCAAUGUGAGUUGUUGUCCUCCACCCCACUCCCCAAUACAACAACAACAAUAAUGCCGCCUUCUCUCUCCCCUCAUCACCUUCCUCUCUCUUCUUCAUUCCCUCCUCUUGAAUUAAGGGUUUACAGUGGCGCCCCACUACCCCAGGCACCGGCUGAGCUUCCAAGGAAUAAUUCUAAGCAGUCCCUGUCCUUCAAUUUGGAUAUUUGAGAAACAGAA